AUGCAGAAAAACUUACAGAAAAAAUUCUUAUUUGAAACUGUUAUAAAGUUAGCACUUGAUUCUAGUGAUGAAGAGUCUAGUGAUUCAGAUUUAGAAUUAGCAGAAAUGAUACAUAAUUAUUAUGAACGUCAACCAAGAAUACCGAAGUGGGGAGUGAACGCAAUACGAUUGGCCGUGACGUCACGAUUCAGCAGAGCCCGGGCUGAAGGUAAAGAUUAUGGUGAUGCAGCUGUGGGAUACGUUGAAGUAAAACGUGAAGGUAAUUUGUGCCAAGUCCGAGGGAAAAUAUGUCCUGAACAUAGAGUAAAUAAUAAACCUUACUCUGUAUCGAUGCUUGUCAACGAAGAGAUAGAGAAGGUCGAAUAUGUUCGAUGCGAAGACUGUGCAGCUUCCGAAGGAGGUUGUAAACAUGCGGUAGCUUUCUUAAUGUGGGUUCACCGUCGGAGCGAAGAGCCAGAACCUAUAGCUAUACCGUAUGCUACUGGAAAAAACCAGUAUUAG